AUGUGUUAUCAAACAUACGACAACUACACAGUGGUUGAAUGUGAAAUAGGACACAAUGACACCACCAAGUGGAUGUUGGACGAUUUAAGAAACUGGACAAUCAGCAACAAUGUGAAUGUAACAUACUACUUGAAUCUCCGCUGUGAAGAUGGCGCUUCAAUAUCGCUCCCCUGGCCCUUCAAAUCCCCGGGUCUAACUGGAUUAACAGUCUCCCACUGUGGCAUAGAAGAUUACUACCACGACUAUCAACGUCAUUUUGAAGGUUACCCCGACGAACUUGACGUGUUUUUGAUCGAACAAUGCGUUUUCGUGGAAAACCUCAUGGAUAUCAUUAAGGUUUUAAGAGGACCUACAACAAAAGCCUAUGUGUGUGGACAGAGCGACAGUAUAAAGAAGUACACUUUCAGAAAUAACAGCAUAGAGAUGAGAGGACAACUUUCGGACAUUAAUGAGUCAAACAUAACCGACUUUAAUGAUGACAUUAACACAAUUGGGAUUCAGUGUAUGUUCCCAUACCUUCAGAAGAUAGAGAACACACACAAUGCAUACUUAUCAGAACGUCAUUUUGAAGUCUUCAGCAAGGACCGUAACUACCCGUCCCUGACAUAUUGCAACUACUCCCAUAACUUCAUCAACAAGCUGCCAUUGGUCUUUCAGAACUUCAGGUUGUCGUUUCCGAUGUUGGAAGUUUUGGAUCUGUCUCACAAUCUCAUAACAUUUUGGGAUUUCACGUACCAGGUAACGUCAUUAGUUGAAUCUACGCACGUUGACCUUCGCUAUAACAACAUCACACGGAUAACGCUAGAGGACAUGGAAACACUGAAAGGUUUAGAACCAGCGUUCGUUGAUAUCCGGGAUAACCCAAUCUCUUGUGAUUGUUCAAUGAAGACGUUUAUGAAAGAACUGAAAUUUGGUUCUGUGUUCGAACCAAAUAUGUUGAAAUAUAAAUAUAUCGAGAAUAUGACUUGUGUCACCCCUAAGUCAUUUAAAGGGAUUCGUCUGAAAGAUGUCAACUUGGAAGAUCUGUUCUGUGACAAGGAUGAUUCCCAUUGGGCAUAUCCCUCUGUGAUUUGUGCUUCUGUGACCUUGAUCUUCCUGUUCGUGGUGCUCUUCUGUAUAUUAUACCCAAAUCGGGAGUUACUCCAGAUUCUGUGUGUGACUAGAUGUAACAUCCUCCCUCCGUUGACGACAUGGGACACCGCCGUCAAGAACUAUGACGUCUUCAUCGCGGCCUCCGAGGUUGACGAGGACUGGAUAGUGGACAAUCUUCUGUACCAAUUAGAAGACAUCGAAUUGACUGACGAUACUGAACAUGAUCGAACAACCCGGAAGGUAAAUGUGUGUGUUCCAGGGCGUGACUUCCGGCCGGGGGCAUUCACCAUUGAUGAAAUCAUUGAUAAAACAGAGAAAAGCAGAAGGACUAUGGUAGUUCUGUCCAAAGCUUUUGUGGCAUCUCGAAUGUGCGGGGAGAUGUUACGCCAAGCCUACUUCCAGAGCAUAAUUGAACGGAGAUGCCACUUGGUAUUUGUGAAACUUGAACAAAUUGAUUUAAAUAGUAUCGACUCUACCCUGAAGAGAAGUUUAAAACUCUACAGAGUACUGGACGUAGCCGACAGGUACUUCUGGGACAAGAUCAAGUUUCUCUUGAAGACCACGCUCAAGAAAGGUUACGCCAAAAAACAGUGA